ACCACAGUCUUUGACAAUUGACUUACUUUUACAAUACGCUGCCUUUAAUGGUUACGGCGAGUGCAAAAACAACACGGCGUAGUGUCUGCAUAUGUCUCAAUUCGUUCCAUGGUUUAGGAAUAACUUUCAAAAUUCAGUAACAAGCGGUACAUUCUGUGAAGUCAUCACAUUCUCUAAAGAACAUUUAAUUUUAAAGCUAUAGUCGGCGCAGUCUACGGAAGCGUCUCAUUGUACAGGUAGAAGAAAUUAAACUUAUGGUGAAUAAUUACUCAAGUCACUAUUAUUCUUAUUGUACUACUAUUUUUUUCCUGUCACUCAGAGGACAUAAAUAGGCCACAUGUAAUGUUAAAAAUAUUAAAAAUACUUAAAUGAAUUAAAAAGCUUUUGCUAGUGUGCCUUCUAUGAUAUUUGGUUAGCAAAUAAAUUAUAAAUUUUCUUAUUACCUCAACUUCUAAUUAAGCAAACCUUAAUUUCAUAAGAAAAGGAAGAAUAACCUUGCCCAGUGACGUAAUUUUAAUAUCAAGUAGGGAUGCUCUUGAAGUGACCUUUCAAUGCCCUUGGCCUCAUUCCUAACGAUAGUCUGAUCUCGCAUUUUCGGGAACUUGGGAUCUUUAAAGAACUGUUAAGGCCAAUGUUGCUUAAGUUAUUCUCACAAAAAAAAGAUAUUAACAUGUAUCGAUAUCUGAUCUCUAAUCAUAUGAAGCCGCAAAUGCCACUCUAACUGAAACUUCUGGAGCUUUCUGGAGACUGCAGGUGCUCGAUACAGAUAAGCGCACAAAUACUGUACUCUACGAGUAUACAAAAGCAACUUCGCAUUACCGCACACAGAAAGCACUAACGAAUUUAAUUGCCGUUAAAUAGUGAAUCUUUUAACUUCGCUAGCUGCUCCUGUUAGGCAAGCUUCCCGCUUCAACGUAUUUCUGGCUUUACAUUCUAUAUAAAAAGGAUGCAUGUCUACUUUUACUUGAUGUGUUCCAAAUGUGUACGUUUGGGGGCGGCAAUAAGUAGGGAUCGCCGCAAAGGCUAUUUUACGCAACAACAUACUUAUUAAAUGGCAUUAAAAUGCACUUUGGAUAAAAACGGUUACAGCUGUCAUCGAAGCAAAUCCAGGAAAAGCCCAAAAUACACACAGAGACUGCCGCUGGACCUGUCAGUAAUGCGAUCAAUUCUAAAGGCGAAUCUAUUCGAACUCAUUAAAGAAAAAUUCGGCUCUGGCGCGCGCCGCGCUCGCGCGGGAUUCUUUUGGUGAAGCGUGAGCAAUCAAUUUUCAGUAUUGGUUUUAAUGGGCGUUCCGACGUACUCUAGCGGUUCUGACAGGACCCAGCCGACAUUUCAUUUCACAGACCGGAAUCCGCUGUUGUGGAACGGUGCACAACCCGACAUUACACGGGAUAGGCGAAUAUUACUCAAUUUGUUAACACAACACAUAUACAUACCGAUAUGUCCAACCAGCGCUCAUCGUAUGCAUACGUACGCACAGACAAACCGUAGUGCAUCUUCAGUGCCGCGCAAACGCUGAAGUCAAACGAGGUCCCACUUCGCGAUGCGCGCGCGUCCAAUAUUAUAGCAUAUCUCAUGUGGCCCCGGCGAAAAUGCUAACUAGACGCUAAAUGUUGACGUAUUCCCGUGAGCCGCUCUGCGGAUCAAUAUACGUUUUCCCCAGCUGUCCAGCUCGCCCGGCACAUUUACUACUUAAAAGGGCAAUUACGCUGAGAGGGCCUCAGAUCACUUAUGCAAAGUUUCCUCGUUGUGAGCGCCUGAUUAUUUGUAUACGGAUAUCGGGAGCGCUGAGGCGGACGAUGAGACCAGUGCGAGAGACCUUUCAUGCCGGCAUCUCUUUACACGCAUUAUCGAUUAAUGUUUAAGCAAAUUACAUCGGUUGAAAAGCGGUUAUUUACCUGUAAUUCGUGAUAUAUGUACAAGUGCUUUUGUAACUCAUGUCUCAUGUUCUACAAUAACGAUAAUGUCGAUUAUAUUCAAAUCGCCGCUCAGGAUGCCCAAGCUGUACGCUAACCUCAAAACAGCUGGCAGUGAUUGCGAUCAUGCUGCCGUUUCUACAGUGUCUGCAGCACCGGCUAAUAAUCACCAGGAAGUGGCUUAUGCUAUCUGCUGGAUUAGUUUUACUUAUUCUUCCAAGGGAUAAUAACGGUGAACGACAAUUACGGAAAUUUCAUCAAACUAUACCGUCUGUUUCUGUGUUAUACAACACCGCAGCAACCGAUUCUAUCCCAGAAGCCAGGCCGGCGAUAGGUAUGCCUUCGCUUCCUAAGAUGGCGUCCAUUUUAAAUCCAAGGUUAAUUUCCGAAAGUCCACAGCUAGUGAAGACGGGAAAACCCUUUUCCCGCAGUGGAGCCUAUUCGAACACGUGUGGAGAUGGUAUUUUAGACCCGGAUGAAGACUGCGACUGUGGUACAAACUGCUCAAGUAAUCCCUGCUGUGAUGGUGCUACUUGCCUUUUUAUUAAUGGUGCCGAAUGUGCGGACGGUGAUUGCUGCUCCAAAACCUGCAAAUUGAAGUCCCAUCACGAAGUCUGCCGGCCGGCAAAGAAUGCAUGUGACUUACCGGAAAUGUGUUCGGGACAUGUUGACUGCCCGCCGGAUGCCUUUAAGAGGAACGGAGACAGCUGCGAUGAAGAUGGCUUGGGAUACUGCUACAACCGCGCAUGCAUGAGUCGAACUAUUCAAUGUGUUAACGUUUGGGGUAUUCACAGUUCUACCGCCAAAGAUGAGUGCUAUCACCAGUUCAACACGCGCGGGGUUUUCAACGGACACUGCGGCUUAGUGUCAGACGGAAGUCGAUACAUACCAUGUGCGCCGAGCGACGUCUUCUGUGGAAAUUUGCAUUGUCGCGGUGGUGGCUAUACACCAAAAACUAUUGUGAAUUCUCCUGCCUUUGCCACUCAGAUCCUAACAAAUUCAACAGGAUCUCUGAUUCAAUGCAAGUCCAAAUCCCCAGAAGUCAUCACUGUCAGCGCCGUGGAAGAAUCUUUGAUAAAAGAUGGCACAAAAUGUGCUGAUAAUAAGGUAUGCCUUAAAGGUCACUGUGUGAGUUCAGAUUUCAUAAUGACGGCCACGGACUGUCCUGUGCGUAACGGAAGCGUUUGCUCCGGACAUGGCUUAUGUACGGACUUAGGAACCUGCUACUGUGAUCCCGGUUUCGGUGGAUAUCAUUGUGAACAUGAAGACAACUCAACAUUGCGAAAACCAUUUGUACCUUAUGAGUACAACAUGCUUAAUCUUCGUAGAGGUGUCAUUAAAGAUGCUCCUUCAGGGCCAAACGAAAAUCAGGCCAACAAUGCACUCUUGCAAAUUGUCGUCAUCGCGGUUUCUGGAGUCGUAUUAUGCCUAGUUAUUGUGAUUAUGUCCCUAACCUGUUGCGGCAAUCAUUCCAACAACGGCAAUGAUUAUGGCAUCAACGGAGAUCCGCAAGAAGAAGGAGGGAACCGGGAAGCGGAAGCAGUUACAACAUUGAUGUGAUUCGAGAUAGUACUAUGUGAUUACUGAAAACGGCAUUUACAACACUAUUUCCUUAAUUUACAAGCGUUCCUGGACCAAAUUUUGUUUGUGUUUGUAGUACAGCUGCUAUAACGUUAGUUAAAUUACCACUGUCGUUGGUGAUUUUAAUUCACACUUUUGGAACUACACUCCUAUAACUGUGCAGAGUUGCAUAUGUCACAAAAAUACACAAAUAAAAAAAACAGAAUCCU